GCCGGCAGACGUCAGUCUUUCUGCUCCAGCUGAUUUCGGUCGCCAUCUUUGUCGUGAACAUAAACAACGGCGGUGACGUGUGUUGGCAUUCGGAUGUGUUGCUGUUAUUCACAAAAGCGCGACCGCAGUCUCACAGCCGCAGGGCCGCUCUCGUCAGCCAAACAUGACGGUGAAUUUGGACGCUUGAAGCGCCGCAUUAAGCAGGGAUGCUGGUCCACUGUGGAUUUCCUCAACGGGACGGAACGGAGGUUUAAAGGGGGCGGGGUUAGCAGUAGCACCCUGUAAAGAUGGACCAAGACUACGAGAGGAGGCUGCUGAGGCAGAUCAACCACCAGAACGUGCAGAUCGAGGCCCGCCUCACCAAGUAUGUCAGUGCUACCUGCAGUCCGGUCAGUGUGAAAUCAGGAGACCGCUUUAUUCCCACUCGUGCUGGAAGCAACUGGACCAUCAACUUCCACUAUGCCAAUGAGAAUUGCCGCUCGCCCAGUCACACUCACAAAGCAAAGGAUGCCAGUUCAGACUCGAGCAAAGAUGCGGUGGCAUAUGCUGCCCUGUUGAGGAACGAGUUGCUGGGGGCGGGUAUAGAGACUGUUCCAGACCCUCACACUGAUGAACGCCGCCAUGCACUCCUCUCUCAAGACUCCCACGGCCUUUUCAGGUACACUGUUCACAUUAACAGAGUGCCUUUUGAUAGUGACAAUGAAGUGUCACCCUACUCCCUUUCUACUCUUAGUAACAAGAGUCACAAGCUGCUCCGUUCUCCUCGUAAACCAGCUCGCAAGAUUUCUAAAAUCCCCUUCAAAGUGCUGGACGCUCCCGAGCUGCAGGAUGACUUCUACCUCAACCUGGUAGACUGGUCGGCAGGCAACCUCCUCAGUGUUGGUCUGGGAGCUUGUGUCUACCUGUGGAGUGCCUGCACCAGUCAGGUGACGAGGUUAUGUGACCUUUCAGUGGACGGGGACUCUGUUACAUCAGUUUGUUGGAAUGAGAGGGUUUGCUUCUGUCAGGGAAGUCUUGUCGCUGUCGGAACCCACAAGGGUUAUGUCCAGAUCUGGGAUGCAGCAGGUGGGAGGAAGCUGACCAGUCUGGAGGGUCAUUCAGCUCGUGUAGGUGCUCUGGCAUGGAAUGGGGAGCAGCUGUCGUCGGGAAGUCGAGAUAGAGUGAUCCUGCAGCGUGACAUCAGAAUCCCGCCAUCUGCUGAGAGGAGGUUACAAGGUCAUAGGCAAGAAGUGUGUGGUCUGAAAUGGUCACCUGAUCACCAGCACCUUGCAUCAGGUGGCAACGACAACAAGUUACUGGUGUGGAAUAGCUCCAGCCUGCUCCCCGUGCAGCAGUAUAGUGACCACCUGGCAGCUGUGAAGGCAAUCGCCUGGUCACCCCACCAACAUGGGCUGUUGGCAUCUGGCGGCGGUACUGCUGACCGCUGCCUACGCUUCUGGAACACUCUGACGGGACAGGCACUGCAGAGCACAGACACGGGCUCCCAGGUCUGCAACCUGGCAUGGUCUAAACAUGCCAAUGAACUGGUGAGCACUCACGGCUAUUCUCAGAACCAGAUUCUGGUGUGGAAGUACCCGUCACUAACACAGGUGGCCAAAUUGACUGGACACUCUUACAGAGUACUUUAUCUGGCUGUGUCACCAGAUGGGGAGGCCAUCGUCACAGGUGCAGGGGAUGAGACGCUACGAUUCUGGAACGUCUUCAGUAAGACGCGUUGCACCAAGGAAUCAAAGUCUGUGCUGAACCUCUUCACAAGAAUACGGUAGUUAACAUACAGCUUCAGGACUGGUUUGGGAGGAGCCAUCUAAAGUUGUGGUUGAAGUUCAUCACAGCCAUCAGAGUUGUUAGAGUAAAAUGUGCAGACGCAGUCUGGACUCAUCUGAUCGCAGCAGCACGUGCUCUCCCUGCAGCAGUACACAAAUCGUUUUGAUUUUAAGUUCUAAGAUCUGAGCUAUAUCAUGUUGACGUCACCACAUUUUUAAGGGCACUUUUUAUUGUAAUGGAAAGGAAACAUGAAACCUAGGUUUUGUUUUGUUUUUGUAUGCAGUUCGGAAUUUCAGUGACAGCUCCCAUCACACCACGCGGUGAUGCCACGUUAGAUUAAAAAAAAUAAAGCAGUCUGUUGUACGGACACAUGAUCUGCUUAGUAAGCUUUUUUUUUUUAACUUUAAAAUCUGUUGUAGAAGUGACUCAGAUUGUUUUAUUAUGAAUUAGCAGAAGUAUACAUGCACACGAGGUCUAAGCUAUAUCAUGUUGAUGUCAUCACAUUUUUAAAGGUUCUCAUUUGUAACAGAAAGG